AUGCUUUGGUACUUCAUCGUUAUUUUCGGGAUGAUCGGUUUCGGGCUCUACAAAGUCUUCUCCAUGGACAAAGGGAAUGAGUUGCCGCACGGAUUGUUCGACGAAAAACCGAAGCCCGGAAUGCGUGUUAUUCAGAAAUUCAAAGAAUACUUUAGAAAAAUUAUUAAAGAAAAGGAUACGCGUAAUUUAUUCUUCUUCAUCUGUAUCAACCUUUCAUUCGCCUUCGUGGAAUUAUUCUACGGAAUCUGGACCAACUCGCUUGGUCUCGUUUCCGAUGCGUUUCACAUGUUUUUCGAUUGUUCUGCACUCUUGCUUGGCCUCGUCGCUGCCGUUGUCGCCAGGUGGAGUCCCAACGAUAGAUACACCUAUGGCUACGUUCGAGCUGACACCCUGGCUGGCUUUGUCAACGCGAUCUUUUUAGUCUUCAUCGCUUUUUUCAUCCUUUCUGAAGCCAUUGAGCGACUGGUCGAACCAGUCCACAUUCACCACGAAAAACUGCUCAGCGUCAGUAUCAUGGGUCUGCUUGUAAAUAUCAUCGGCAUCUUCGUCUUCGCUCAUGGCGGUUCUCAUGGGCACUCUCAUGGAGGCCACGGACACUCGCAUGGUGGACAUUCACAUGGCCACUCGCAUGGGCACGUUUCGGCCGCUGCUGCUGAUCAUGGUCACUCACAUGGACAUUCUCAUGGAGAUCAUGGACAUUCGCACGGGCACUCGCAUGGAGAUACGUAUGGAGAUAACUCGACGGGCAAUAUGGCGAUCAUGCAAGGUGCCUUCCUCCACAUUCUCGCCGACACGAUGGGUUCCGUCGGCGUCAUUAUCUCAACACUUCUGAUCGACUGGUUCGGAUGGCAUCGUGCUGAUCCGAUCGCCUCGAUCUUCAUUGCUAUAAUGACGCUCAUCUCCGUAAAGCCACUGUUAAUGGAAACAACGACGACGUUACUUCAGCGUUCUCCGCCAGAACUCGACAAUACGCUUCCAUCGGCGUAUUCUCAGCUGAUGAGGCUAGAAGGAGUCGAACGGCUGGAAGAGGCACAUGCCUGGACGCUAGCAAAGGGACAGACGAUAUGCAGCGUGAAAAUUAAGACUUCAAUUGAUGCUAAUCCCAGAAAGAUCACUCAAGAUGCGACCAACGCGAUCAUGUCUGCCGGAGUUCACCGAGUGUUCAUCCAUCUCAACUAG